AUGGGCAACGAAGUUUCUCGUACGGCGGCUGCGCAGCAGUCGCACGGAGGGCGGAAGGUGCGAAUCAACAUCGACUCUCCCUACGCAGAGGAUUUCCAGGUGUUCGAAGGCAUCUUGACGAAUCCGACGGAACUGUUUUCUGUCUUCGACAACCGGGGCAAGGGUUUGGUUGAUGUGUCCGAGGUGUUCGCGUCGGCUUUCCUGUUCGCCGCUGGGACGCCGAAGGGCCUCGACGCCAAGCUGGAAAAAAUAUUCGCCCUGUUCGACUUUGACGGAAACGGGGCUCUCAGCGACGUGGAGGCUGAAAUCAUGCUGGAGUGUGUCGUGAGGGGGGGCGCGGCCGCGGGAGAGCUGACGCUGCGGGACCUGAAGGAUUGGAUCUCGGAGCGCGAAGACGUGGCGGUCUUCCUUUCCAACUUCAUCGAGGCCAGGAUGAUCAUAUCCAGCCAAGAGCUGGUUGACAGGAGCGUCGCCCUCGGAAUGAGCACGUGCAAGCACCCCUCUCCUCAGGACGACUCACCAGGGGAGCAUAAAGACGGCACGGUGGACGGGGCAAGGGCGGGAGAGAUACUUCGGUCUUUAACUACGUUGGGUAAAACGGAGUGCCUGAGGGCGGGGUUAGAGGCAGUUGUCGAAGCGGAUGCGGCGGCGGUCGUUCGAAUGCUUUCGGGGAAUUCUGGGGCUACAGGGGGACGGAGAGAACGCGUCGAUGUGGAAGCCCUGGAAGAGCUCCUGAGGUUUUGGGUGGCGUUCAGCGUGGUCGACGAGGACGGCGUUGGGAGCGUCAGCAUGGGGGACUUGAAGGCGUUGCUGUGGCUCGGUGGAGGGACGGGGGGGGAAGAGCCGCCGGAAGCUACUGUUCAGAAAACGGCGAACGGCAUCGACGAGAGCCAAGACGGUGUGAUCAAUCGCAUAGAAUGGAUGCGCUUCACAGCCGUGCUGGACGAGGGAACAGGGAAUGUCGGGUAUGACGGUGGACUCCUGAAGGUGUUCCGCCGUUAUGAUGACGAUCACAGUGGCAGCAUCACCGCCACUGAGAUGACCAUGAUGGUGCGAGACUCCGUAAGUGAGGCGAUAGCCGAGGCUCCCGAUAACUGCUCCUUGAGGCCGGACAUCGAACCGGUGGUGGAAACCCUCGUCAAGGACGUUGCCCGAGACCUUGUAGCCGUUAUGGACGUGACCGGCAGCGGGAUGCUCGGCUGGACUGAAUUCAAGAAAAACCAGACCCUGGUGACAGCUCGCCUCGCCACCUUGCGCGAGUUUGUGUUCUCGGUGGCUCUUCAGCGAGGCGGCACGGCGGCGGCGACGGCAGACGCCCCACCUGAGCUUGCAAGUAGCAAUGGUAGCACUAGGCCAGACAGCUUGUAG